UUUUCCCUGGGUCCGGGCUUGCCGACUCAAAAAGCGCCCGGCCAACGCCAUGGGAGUCCCGGCUUUCUUUCGCUGGCUGAGCCGCAAGUAUCCGUCCAUCAUCGUGAACUGCGUGGAGGAAAAGCCCAAAGAAUGCAAUGGCGUCAAGAUCCCAGUUGAUACCAGUAAACCUAAUCCAAAUGAAGUGGAGUUUGAUAAUCUAUAUUUGGAUAUGAAUGGAAUCAUCCAUCCUUGUACUCAUCCUGAAGACAAACCAGCACCAAAAAACGAAGAUGAAAUGAUGGUUGCAAUUUUUGAAUAUAUUGAUAGACUCUUUAAUAUAGUAAGACCAAGACGACUUCUCUACAUGGCAAUAGAUGGAGUAGCUCCACGUGCUAAAAUGAAUCAGCAACGUUCCAGGAGGUUUAGAGCAUCAAAGGAAGGAAUGGAAUCAACUAUAGAGAAGCAACGAGUCAGGGAAGAAAUACUGUCAAAAGGUGGCUUUCUUCCUCCAGAAGAGAUCAAAGAAAGAUUUGACAGCAAUUGUAUUACACCAGGAACUGAGUUCAUGGACAAUCUUGCUAAAUGUCUUCGAUAUUACAUUGCUGAUCGUUUAAAUAAUGACCCUGGGUGGAAAAAUUUGACAGUUAUUUUAUCUGAUGCUAGUGCUCCUGGUGAAGGAGAACAUAAAAUCAUGGAUUAUAUUAGAAGACAAAGAGCUCAACCUAACCAUGACCCAAACACUCAUCAUUGUUUAUGUGGAGCAGAUGCUGAUCUCAUUAUGCUUGGACUUGCUACACAUGAGCCAAACUUUACAAUUAUUAGGGAAGAAUUCAAACCCAACAAACCAAAACCAUGUGGUCUUUGUAAUCAGCUUGGGCAUGAGGUCAAGGACUGCCAGGGUUUGCCAAGGGAAAAACAGGGAGAGCACGAUCAGUUUGAAGAAAGUCUUCCUGCUUCAGAAGGAGAGUUUAUCUACAUUCGGCUAAAUGUGCUUCGUGAGUAUUUAGAAAGAGAAUUAACUAUGGCCAGCCUGCCAUUUACCUUUGAUAUUGAGAGAAGCAUUGAUGACUGGGUUUUCAUGUGUUUCUUUGUGGGAAAUGACUUCCUUCCACAUUUGCCAUCAUUAGAGAUUAGGGAAGGAGCAAUUGACCGUUUAGUUAACAUAUACAAAAAUGUGGUACAUAAAACGGGGGGCUACCUUACAGAGAGUGGUUAUGUCAAUCUACAGAGAGUACAGAUGAUCAUGUUAGCUGUUGGUGAAGUUGAAGAUAGCAUUUUUAAAAAGAGAAAGGAUGAUGAGGAAAGUUUUAAAAGGAGACAAAAAGAAAAAAGAAAAAGGAUGAAGAGGGAUCAACCAGCUUUUGUUCCUAGUGGAAUUUUAACCCCUCAAGCCUUGGGUACGAGAAAUUCACAUGGCUCUCAAGUAGCCAGUAAUCCAAGACAAGCAGCUUACGAAAUGAGAAUGCACAAUAACUCUAGUCCUUUAACAUCUCCCAAUACUAGUUUCACUUCUGAUGGUUCCCCAUCUCCGGGAGGAGGAAUUAAACGAAAAGCAGAAGAUAGUGACAGUGAACCUGAGCCAGAGGAUAACGUCAGGUUAUGGGAGUCCGGUUGGAAGCAACGGUAUUACAAGAAUAAAUUUGAUGUUGAUGCUGCUGAUGACAAAUUUCGUCGUAAAGUUGUGCAAUCUUAUGUUGAAGGACUAUGUUGGGUUCUUCGAUAUUAUUACCAGGGUUGUGCUUCCUGGAAAUGGUAUUAUCCUUUCCAUUAUGCACCAUUUGCUUCAGACUUCGAUGGUAUUGCAGAUAUGCCGUCUGAUUUUGAAAAGGGUACAAGACCGUUUAAACCACUGGAGCAACUUAUGGGUGUGUUUCCAGCUGCAAGUGGUAACUUUCUACCUCCCUCAUGGCGGAAGCUUAUGAGUGACCCUGAAUCAAGUAUAAUUGACUUCUAUCCUGAAGAUUUUGCAAUUGAUUUGAAUGGGAAGAAAUAUGCUUGGCAAGGUGUUGCCCUGUUACCAUUUGUUGAUGAACGUCGUCUGAGGGCUGCUCUGGAAGAAGUUUAUCCUGAUCUUACACCUGAUGAAACUAGAAGAAAUAGUCUUGGUGGUGAUGUAAUGUUUGUGGGGAAACACCAUCCACUUUGUGAUUUCCUUUCAGAAUUGUACAAAACAGGUUCCACAGAGGCAGUAGAUUUACCACCUGAACUUUGUCAUGGGAUUCAAGGAAAACUUACUUUACAUAAAGAAGCUAUUCUUCCAGAUCAAAUAGUAUAUUCUCCUGUUCCAGUGUUGCGAGAUCUGACACAGAACACUGCAAUCAGUAUUAAUUUUAAAGAUCCACAAUUUGCUGAAGAUUACAUUUUUAAAGCGACAGUGCUACCAGGAGCAAGAAAGCCUGCCACUGUACUCAAACCUGGCGACUGGGAAAAAUCUAGCAAUGGACGACAAUGGAGACCGCAGCUUGGCUUUAACCGAGACCGAAGGCCAGUUCACUUAGAUCAGUCAGCAUUUAGGACACUUGGUCAUGUCAUGCCAAGAGGUCCAGGAGGUGGACCUUACAGCAAUGCCGCACCACCUGGAAAUUACCAGGGAAAUAUAUACAGGCCAAUGAUAAGAGGACAAACCCAGAUUCCAAAGCUUAUGUCAAAUAUGAGACCACAUGAUUCCUGGAGAGGUCCCACUCCCCUUUUCCAUCAACCAAGAUUUGACAGAGCUGCAGCUGAACCUCUCCUGCCUUGGAACCGUAUGCUACAAUCCCAAAAUGCAGCAUUUCAGCAAAAUCAAUAUCAACUACUAGGAGGCCCAGGAGGUUAUCCACCAAGACGUGAUGAUCGUGGAGGGAGACAGGGAUAUGGCCCUGGAAGGAAUUACCCUUUGCCACCUCCCUCAGGAAGAUACAACUGGAAUUAAGCUUUUGUAAAGCUUUCUUAAAUCCUUUCAUCAUUCUACGAUUUUAUGCUGUUUGUGGAAAGGAAGCAUCUUUAUCAAACAGUAGUUUAAGAACUACAAUACUUGAUGUAUUUGUUUUAACCGUGUAUAUUUCUUACAGAUCUGAUUUUCAGUGUUUUAUGUUGCUUUCCAAUUGUGUAAUGCAUAAUACAGUGGAUUUGAAUUUACUACUUUACUUGUGAGACACAUUUGAUGAAUAGAAGUACUGGUUUUUUUAAUCGUAGUUAAGAAUCAAACUGUAUUACUGUGAAUUUCAAAACAGUGUACACUAGCUCAUCCAAAAUACAUUCUGAUUUUUAAUGAAUGCACAAAAAUUAGGUCUGAACACUUCAGGUAGAAUCUUCAACCAGCUAGAAGACACAUGUUUAAGACAAGCUACUGUUCAAUAUUCCUUUGAAAACACUUCAUUAUUGUAUCUGUCUGAGAAUUUCUGGACCACUUUAGUAAAAAAAAAAAAAAAUCAACUUUUAAGACUCUGGCCUCUUGUGUUCUUUUCUGUUUUCCCCACAACAUUCAAUAUUUCAACAUUUUACUUUUUCGAUAUAUAGCAAAGUCAAAGCCAAAUUGUUUCUUUAGGAAGCUUUUGCAGAAAUUAGUUCAAUUCUGUCAUUAGGUACAAAAGAAGCAUUAUUAUUCAAGGUGCAGGCUAAUAUGGUUGGUGCUUUAUAAUUUUUUAAAAU